AUGACAGACUCCCGCCUCUUCAAGCCCCUCAAAAUCGGCCCCAUCGAGGUCCAGCACCGCAUCGGCAUGGCCCCUCUAACCCGCCGCCGCGCAACAGCCGACCGGGUCCCAACGCCCCUGAUGAAAGAGUACUACGCGCAACGAGCCUCCAUCCCAGGAACCCUGCUCAUCACAGAGGGCACGCUGGUUUCGGCAGCCGCGGGCGGCGGGUUCCCCAGUGCGCCCGGGAUCUGGCGCGGCGAGCAGAUCGCAGCAUGGAAGGAAAUCACGGACGCGGUCCACAAGAAGGGCAGCUUCAUCUUCGUGCAGCUCUUCGCCAUGGGCCGGGCGGCUGAUAGUGACGUCGCAGGGAGCGAGGGGAUCGAGAUCGUGGGCCCCAGCGCGAUUCCGAUCCCGCAUGGCGAGAAGCCCGGUGCGCCGACGCCAAGGGAAAUGACCAUUGCCGAGAUCAAGCAGACGGUCGCUGACUUUGUGGCGGCUUCGCGGAAUGCGAGAGCCGCGGGGUUUGAUGGCGUGGAGAUCCACGCGGCGAAUGGGUAUCUGCUCGACCAGUUUCUUCAGGACACGGCCAACCAGCGCGAGGACGAGUAUGGAGGGAGCGUGGCGAAUAGGUCGCGACUGCUGCGUGAAGUCAUGCACGAGGUGUCGAAGGCCAUUGGGCCCGAGCGUGUGGGAUUGCGUCUGAGCCCCUGGUCUCGGUUCCAGGGGAUGCGGAUGGAAUGUCCGAUUCCGCAACAUGUGAAUAUCAUCGACAAAGCGAGGGAUCUUGGCAUUGCAUACCUGCAUCUCGUUGAAUCGCGGAUCUUCGGCGCUUGGGUUUAUGAGGGGAGUGUGGAUGAGGAUCAUGAGACACUGGACUUUGCGUACGAGCGCUGGGAUGGGCCGAUUCUGGUUGCGGGGGGAUAUGGGCUUGAAACGGCGCAGAAGCUCGUUGAUGAGCAGUACCCGGAUAAGGAGAUUGUCGUCAUGUUUGGGAGGCAUUUCAUCUCGAACCCGGAUCUGGUGUUUAAGCUGAAGGAAGGGGUGAACCUGACCAGGUACCAGCGCGAGACGUUCUAUGCGAGCAGUUCGGCGGAGGGGUACGUUGAUUAUCCGUUUAGCAGCGAAUACGAGGCGAGUGUGAGGACUUAG